CAGGGCGGGCGGGGCUCGCGGCAAGCCGGCCUCGGCGGCGGCUGCGGCGCGAUGACCACGCUCCGGGCUUUCACGUGCGAUGACCUGUUCCGCUUCAACAACAUCGGACAGCACCGAGGCGCCCGCCGCGGAGGUCGUUGCGAGUAACUUGGAUCCACUUACAGAAACUUAUGGGAUUCCUUUUUAUUUACAGUACCUCGCCCACUGGCCAGAGUAUUUCAUUGUUGCAGAGGCACCUGGUGGAGAGUUAAUGGGUUAUAUUAUGGGUAAAGCAGAAGGCUCUGUAGCUAGGGAAGAAUGGCAUGGACAUGUCACAGCUCUCUCUGUUGCCCCAGAAUUUCGACGCCUUGGUUUGGCUGCAAAACUUAUGGAAUUAUUAGAGGAGAUUUCAGAACGAAAGGGUGGAUUUUUUGUUGAUCUCUUUGUAAGAGUAUCUAACCAGGUUGCAGUCAACAUGUACAAGCAGCUGGGCUACAGCGUAUACAGGACAGUCAUAGAGUAUUAUUCAGCCAGCAAUGGGGAGCCUGACGAGGACGCUUAUGAUAUGAGGAAAGCACUUUCCAGAGACACUGAGAAGAAAUCCAUCAUACCAUUACCUCAUCCUGUGAGGCCUGAAGACAUUGAAUAACCAUGGGCAGUGGUUCUUAGGCUGAUGCUCCAGAAAUUUUAUGGACAAUAUUGUUUUCAUUAGAUGAUCCCGGAGCGCUAUUAGGAGAAAAGUAAUUAUUUAGGUCUUGCAGAUUUCAAGAAAAUACAGGUUAUAAAUUUGAGUCUUAUUGUUUCCAGUUAGCAGUAUCAUAACUAUUAAAGCUGUUCACUGUAAUAAAAUUCAGUCAAAAAGGCAGCUAGGUCAGAUGGAAACAUUUUAGUAUUUUGGUUCAUAAUAUUCACUAUAUGUUAAGGGGAAAAACUUGCUCCAGUCUCCUCCUAAAUUCUGUGCCUGAGAACCACUGCUGCAUACAUAUUUUUUAUUUUGUAUUAUCUGUCAAUUGAAGCUUUAAAAGCAUAUAUGAAAUGUAUAAAUCUAAAAUGUAUAAUAAAACGCAUUGUUGACCCUAUGAA